ACGGCACGAUAAAAUCAAAGCCAAUAGACGUUGCUGAGGUCUUUGAGGACUUCUAUAAACGAUUAUACAAUCAUACACCGGAUGGGAAUAUCCACAAUCGACAAGAGAUGGACGACAUUCUUAAAUACUUACACGAUCUUGGGAUGACAAAAUUGAACAGAGAGGCAAUAAGAGACUUGCCGGCAGAAAUCACUGAGGACGAAGUGGAUAGAGCUAUAUCGGGCCUGAAAG